AUGGCGCCCCUCGAUGACGUCCAGGUCGGGGAUCUGGUGAAUGUUCCCGGGGGCAUGUACGGCACCGUCAAAUACCUGGGAGGCGUGGCCGGGAAACCGGGCAAAUUCGCAGGAAUUGAACUGGCGUCGGAGCAUGCCAGGAGGGGGAAGAACAGUGGCGAUGUCGAAGGCAAGAAGUACUUCAACACGUCCAUGCCGGGCUCCGGAAUCUUCGUGCCCAUGAACAACAACAAGUACGUCACGAAACGGCCCGGCGCUCCGGCUUCCGUCACCGUCAAUCCGCCCACGCCGGCGCGCCCCGUGAAUUUCAGCAAAUCGGUCGGCCCCAGUCCGUCGGUGCGGCCUCCGCGCAUGAGACGGCCCUCGCUGCCCCGUCCCGAAUCCCCUCGUGGUCCUCCGCCCUCCAAGCUGAGUCUGGCCGGUCUGCGCACCCCCUCCGCCGCCUCGAGGGCCGGUCCCAGUCCCAACGGCUACCCGCGCAGCCCCGUCAAGCCCCCGUCCCGUGCCUCCGAUCGCCCUCCCUCUCGCGUGAGUGGUGUGAGUGCCGCCGCCGACGACGAUGUGUCGUCCUCGAGGACGUCCGACUUCGGCCGCAACAAUGCCAUGGUCGCCGAGAUGCAGGAGUUGCGGGACCAGACGAAGAGCCUGGAGAGGCAACUGUUGGACCGCGAUAAGCAGCUGGACGAGCAGGCCCAUACGCUGGCCGACUUUCAGCGCACCUUGGAGGAGCUGGAGGGCUCCGAUGCGUUAUCGAUCCGGGCGCAGUUGCGCGAGAAGAACGAGAGAAUUGCCCAGUUGACGGCGGAGUUCGACCUGCACCGAGCCGAUUUCCGGAGUACCCUGGACACGUUGGAAGUGGCGGCGUCCGAGACCGAACGUGUCUACGAACAGCGCUUGGAUGAACUACUGCAACAGAACAAGGAGCUCCAGGACCGCGGUGAGGAUGUCGAGGAGGUCGCUCGUCAACUCAAGCAGCUGGAGGAGUUGGUCUCGGAACUAGAGGAGGGCCUGGAGGAUGCUCGACGUGGCGAGGCUGAAGCCCGCGCGGAAGUUGAGUUCCUUCGAGGGGAGGUGGAGAGAACAAAACUGGAGCUGAAGAAGGAGCGUGACAGCUCUGCCGCAACGCUACAUGAGGCUCACGCGACCGCGGACGGUCAGCAGCACUCGCGAGAACUGGACCAAAAGGACGACGAGAUCCGCGGACUAAAAGCGAUCAUUCACUCCUUAAGUCGGGGCGAUCCCAGCUUGCCGGCACUUCAGCAGAAUGGCUACGCAACGAACGGCGGCCCCGAGCACGAUCCAGAUCACGUCUCGCACCUGGAGCAACGGGUGCAGGAAUUCGAGCAGAUCACGGAGCGGAAGACCUACCGCAUCGAAGAGCUUGAGCGCGAGCUUCAGCAGCUGCAGGUCAACGGCAGCGGUCGGACUCGCAGUUCUACCGUCACGGCCGCGCCCACCCAGCACAAACCAUCCGGUUCGACGGGAAAGAUUGGAGCCCCCAAUACGGUCAACCAUGCGCACCGACUGUCGGAUCGCACCGUGGUGCCUAGUGACUGGCAUGAUCAGCCGCAGCAUGAGGAGCAGCAAUAUCAGGCCUACCCGGGACAUCUUCGUCGCCCGUCCGACUCGUCCCGUCAUCGCCUAGAGACCAUGCACGAGUCCGACGGUCGCUCUGACGACGGCGGCUCGUUGUGGUGCGAAAUCUGCGAGACCGGCGGCCAUGACAUCCUGACCUGCACGAAUAUGUUCGGCGCCGACAACAAGAGCAAAGCCUUUUCCAAGGAGGAAUCCCACAACGAAGUGUCGGCGGAUGAGAAGCCCACUCCGAGUACCUCCACUGAUAUAGACACAGCCUCCUCGAGCCACGAAGAGAGUACCACGCCCCAGAAGACCGGACGAGACGCCGCCAUGGAAGGGAUGACAGCAAUGACAAAUAUGCCCCCUUCUUCCUCAGCGGAUGCGGUCGCCGGAAAGUCCAGCGGAGUCGUGGACGAGACGAAGUGGUGCGCUCUCUGCGAGAAGGAUGUCGGCUGCACAAUCUCCCCCUCCUGGUAUCUGCUCUCCGCAAGGGCGCCGCACGCCUUGCAGGUGCGCUUCUCCUCGUCGCCGGCAAACUCCUCGACCACCGCCUUGACCUGCGUGCCCAGGUCCGUGCAGAUGAACUGCUUCUCCCACACCACCUGCCCGCAGCUGCGACAGUACCACCGCAUCACGUCCACGGCGUCCUUCUCCCGCGGCACCUCCAUCACGACCCCCACCGUGUCGCGGAACCGCACGGGACUGUGCGGUGUGUUCGCCGGUAGCAGGAACAGCGACCCCUCUUCCGUCAAUAUGUCGUCGACCUCGCAGCCCCCCCUCCGGUUUACUUCCCACAAAAAUUUUGUGUAUCGCUUGGUCUUCGCGACCUUGACUGGCCGAACCGUGCACAUUUCUCAGAUCCGCCCUUCGUCUGAUAACCCCGGUCUGACUCCGCAUGAGCUUCCCGCUGGGUGUACCCGCGGCGUCAGCUACUAUCUUCUGCCUCUCUGCCUUCUUGCGCCCUUCUCCAAGGCUCCUAUGCGAGUGCUCUUUACGGGUCCCGGAGUGAUUACGUCGUCUACGCCAACUGGCGAUAUGUCAGUGGACAGCGUGCGCACGGCCGUCCUGCCUCUCUACAACCAAUUCGGAAUUUUCAACAACAUCGAACUUCGGGUGCUCCGGCGAUCUAAUCCGGGUCCGCAUGGCAGGGGUGGCGGCGGAGAAGUUCAGCUUGUCUUUGGUCACCAAGUCCGCCUGCCGAAGACCCUUCACCUGAUGAAUGCCGGCAAGAUCAAGAGGGUUCGCGGCGUGGCCUAUUCCGUCGGCGUUUCGGGGUCCAACAACGCACGAAUGAUCGAAACCGCGCGUGGGAUUUUGAACCCCUUAUCACCCGACACCUAUAUCUUCUCUGAUGUGUCCCCGGCUCCACUUAUGCCCGCUCCCGAGAAAACCAACGCGUCGGCAAAGAAGAAGAUUGGGCUUGGAUUUGGGCUGUCUCUGGUGGCCGAAUCGUCGACUGGCUGUCUAUUUUCCGCGGAUGUCGCGUCUCCGCCCUCGGGUGGACAAGCGCCUGAGGAUAUCGGGAAGCAGUGCGCCUAUCAGUUGCUGGAGGUCAUCUCCAAAGGCGGCUGUGUCGCGCCGGCCGCGGUGCCCACCAUGCUGGGACUGAUGACUAUGGGAUCGGAGGACGUUGGUCGCAUCCAAGUCGGUCGCGACGUGAUCGCCGACGAGAGCACGAUUCAGUUGGCCCGCGACCUGUCCAAGUUCGGAGCGCCUGGUUGGGGUCUUCGCGACGCGGCCGGGGAGAACGAGAAUGGCGACGUCAUAAUCAGCGUGGUCGGACGAGGCAUUGGCAACGUCGGCCGCAAAGUCGCCUGA